GUAGCAGGGAGGAAGGAGGGGGUGGGCGCAAGAAAGAGGGAAAUGAGAAAACAGAAAAAGAAUUGCAUGCCACUAUGUCUGAAUAUAGCCUCUACUUCUUAAACAACAGAGUUUGCUGGUCUCCCUCCCCUAUUCUGCAAUUUAAUUCCUUACAGAUUUUGCCAUGGGGUGCGGACUUAGAAAGCUAGAAGACCCUGAUGAUAGCAGCCCUGGAAAAAUAUAUUCUACCCUGAAGAGACCGCAAGUGGAAACAAAGACAGAAUUUGCUUACGAAUAUGUAUUGCUGGACUUUACAUUACAAGCUUCGCCAAACCCAGAAGUCAUCAAGAUAAAUUCCAUUCUUGAUAUAGCAACAAAAGUGGAAGACUACUAUCUUAAAGGAUAUAUUGUUGGAGCUAUUCAUCCUGUUAUACAACCUGUGGGGCAGCAAAAACACUUGCCUGCAAGUUACCUAUACAGAGUGGUGCUAUCGCGCUUGAAAUUAAGCAUGAAGCAUUCGACAGCACCCAGUGGACAAAGACGCCCAAGGCUUGUGAUUGAGGAAUGUCCUUUAACUUAUGAGACACAAACAAAUGACGUAACAAAAGAACUGAUAGAAAAGGUUAAUGUAGCUGCUAAAAGAGGAAUGAAAUUUGUUGGAUUCAUAUCACAGCACUACCCACCACUUAAAUUCUGCAAUGGAACCAACCUCGAUGGAGACACUGAAUCAACACUGCAUGUGAGACACAGUCCAGAGGAAAACUGUAAAAACUGGAAUGAAGGAACAUUAAGUGGACAAUCAUCUGAAAGUGGAGUCGAGGAAGAACUGCGUCAUGAAAGCGGACAGUGUCAAAUGGAACGAGAUGGCAGCCCCAGUUUCUCUAAAUCAAGAAAAGGAGAAGAUAACAAGUUGUAUACAGUCUUCAAUGUUUUUGAUGAUGAAUCAACCUGCUGGAACUAUCAGGAAGGCAUCCUGUCAAUGAAAGUAACAAGAAAAGGCUCUGUCAUUAGUACACUUGAUGCUGAUUGGCUGGAGUUAACUACAUUUUACUAUAAACAAGGCUUGUCUUUAAUUGAUUCUUUUGUAUGCUGGGAAACAUCGAAAGGGGAUCACUUGUCGAAAUCUUUGGAAGGAUUCUUCAUCUAUGAAGAAGAAGGCUCUGGAGUACCAGGAUUCAGCAGGAAGGGAAAUGAUGCCAUCGUAGUAGAACAAUGGACAGUUAUUGAGGGCUGUGAAAUCAAGACAGAUUAUGGUCCUCUGCUGCACACUCUGGCUGAGUUUGGAUGGCUCCUGACAAGUGUGUUGCCGACUCCUAUACUGAGACAUGACAGUGAAGGGAAUUUGGCUACAAAGCAGGUUGUAUUCCUUCAGAGACCAGUUAUGUGGAAUUCAGCAGCUCAGACACCAGAAAGGAAAGGCAGCCGGCACGUGAAAAGUGAAGACAGGAGUAAAGCCCCAAGCAGGAGCGUCAGCUUGGACACAGACCUGUUACAGCCUGCAGAGAGCAGAAGCCCGCCUGAGGAGUGCCUACUCGCGCCUUCUAGAGAAUGUUGGAUGAAAAAAAGGCCAGGCCAGCCCAGCAGCUUCUCUGGGUUCAGCAACAGUGACAGCGUCCUGCGGGAACUAGAUGAUGGACAGUUUGACCAGGAAGACGGAGUAACUCAGGUCACUUGUAUGUGAGCAAAGAAGGAAAGCAACAGACGUUCUGUAAAUAAUUAUUUAAGUAUUUCCCAAGUUACUUUACUGUAUUACUUUAUCUGCAUUUAUGGGAUACUUUGAAUCUUUCCAGACUCAGGCUUUCCUCUAAUCUACAUGAACUUUGGCUCAACCUCCCAGGCAAGGAAGAGUAACCAACAUAUUUGUAAAUUUAGAAGCAUGUUUCACAGUUUUCUCAACUAAAACAUCUGUUUAAACAGAUGCCUCAUUAGGAUAUUAACCAAUAAUGUACUUCAGUUUCUCAUGAAUAUGCAAAGUAUAUUUUUCUUACAAUUGCUGGUAAGACAACUAAAUAUCUCAAUCAGUAUUUUUACCCAAUUAGAAAAUUCUCAGGAAGUUAGAGUCUUACUUAAGCUGAAAAUUUUCUUUCCCUCUGUCUCAUACACAUAUAAAAGGCUAAUUAAUAAAAUACCUAUUUCUUGAAUAUAACAAUUAAUCCAAGUUUUGUCUUUAAGUAUGGCAUGUAUAUACAAAGCAAAUCCUUAUUUGUUAAAACGUCCUUGAAAAAAAUCUUUUUUUUUUAUGUCUUUGGUUUUAAAAGGUCACCAUGUUACCAACAUUGUACUGAUUCAUCAAGCUUAAACUUUCUUGCAUCUAACAGUGUAGAAAUAGAGUGAAGCAUCAUCCCUUAAAAUUCAAUACGAAAGGAACUCACAAUGUCCAUGUUUAAAAACCUUAGUAGACAGAAUUAAUUCUCUUUUUAAAACUGUAAAUAGUCUGAAAAGGGAAACACCAACUUUAAAUGAAAACUGAAGCAUUUUACAUCUAUCUAGAUGUAAAUUAUGCUUUCAUUUUGAUUGCUAAAGCAUGAAAAAUGUUAGUGUUAGUUGCUCAGUCGUGCCCGACUCUUUGCAACCCCAUGGACUGCAGCCCUCCAGGCCCCUCUGUAUUCCAUGAGAUUUUCCAGGCAAGGAUACUGGAGUGGGUUGCCAACCCAGAAUUUUCAGUCCUACAGGAGUAAAGAGGUGCUCACAACAUAUGUGAUAUGUAUGGUGACCUAUUUGUUCCAUCUCUGCUUUUUUUCCUCUGCUAACAGGGGAAACUUUGCCUUGCCAAACCUUUAACAGGUAAAGAUUAAAAUUUUACAAAAUAGAAGAAUUUCAUUUUACCUAUGAAAGACUUUGAAAUGUGGGAAACUUCAAAUGAAUUACAACUGUACCAUUGAUGAGUUCGGCCUAUUAUAUAUUUUUAUUAGCAUUGGUGUUGACAUUAUAAGAUCAUUUGAAUAACAAAAUGUCAUUUGUUACUGGGCUAUUGUCUUACUGAACACUAAUGCUCAUAAUAUGUUUUACACAUAUGACAGGUAUGUAUUACAUGUUAUCAAAUAUAUGGUGUAACUGAUCUCUGUGAAUUGAUGGUAAGAUUGACGUGCAAUUAUUCCGCUUCUACCAUGCACAAGCAUUACCUUUGUAUGUAUAAAGGAACGUAGAAUAUUCUGCUCAGUACUAUUCUGUGGAAAUAGCUACUAACAUUGUUUGCAGAAAUGUUUUUGUUUUGACUCUUAGAGAACCUGAGUUCC